GAACUUCUUUUGACAGAUCCGACUUCAGAUUUAGGAAAUUCAAGAUGGCUGCCCCAGGUUCUCCAUAAAGAGCCAGUUCUUCUGGUCUUCUGUGUGUGAAACAUUCCUAAAGUUGUGGUGUGUUAGCUCUGUGUUCCCCUGCUGCUGCUGCCGCUACUCAUCAUGUCCUCCACCUCCUCCUCCUACUCCUCAUCAGGGGAGACUAGUCCGGAGGAUGUACCCCGAGGUGGUGGGACCAUCCGAGUCUACCUCCCCAAUAAACAGAGGACAGUGGUGAAUGUUCGUCAAGGACAGACUGUACACGAGAGUCUAGAUAAAGCACUCAAAGUGAGAGGCCUAAACCAAGACUGCUGUGCUGUAUUUCGGCUUUUAGAGGGGCGUAAGAGACUCACAGAUUGGGACACUGACAUCACUCCUCUUGUUGGAGAGGAGCUUCUGGUUGAGGUCCUGGAUGAUGUUCCCCUCACAAUGCACAACUUUGUACGAAAAACCUUCUUCAGACUGGCAUUCUGUGAUUUUUGCCACAAGUUUCUUUUUAAUGGCUUUAGAUGUCAGACGUGUGGCUACAAAUUUCACCAGCACUGCAGUAGUAAAGUCCCGACGGUGUGCGUAGACAUGGAUACGAUGACCAAACGGUGUGACACCAAUCCAGAUGAGUACCCUCAGAUAUUAUUGCCAGAAAACUCAAUAUCACAGAGCAACCUAGCCUUAACGCCAGAGGCCACCGGGAUGGACCUGUUGUCUCCAACCUCAGCCUUUCACUUCCCGAUGCCCAGCGGAGAUGGCCAGUCUUUACAGAGGCAUCGCUCCACUUCCACCCCAAAUGUUCAUAUGGUCAGCACUGUGGGCCCAGUUGGGACCAGCAUUAUAGAGGAAGCACUAAAAUUCAACAGUACAAUAGGUCCCGAGCCUUCACCGAAACUCUCCACUAGCCCACCUUCUUCUUUGGGCUCUCCAGGUAGGAGACCGCCGAAAUCCCCCUCAGAACACAAAGAGCGCAAGCCUUCCUCAUCUGAUGACAAAAAAAAAGUGCACCGAGGGGGCUACAGAGACUCAAGUUACUACUGGGAGGUGCAUUCUCGAGAAGUCACCGUCUUGAAGAGAAUAGGUUCUGGCUCCUUUGGAACGGUCUACAAGGGCAAGUGGCAUGGAGAUGUGGCCAUUAAGAUCCUGAAAGUGACUGAGCCAACACCUGAGCAGUUACAGGCCUUCAAAAAUGAAAUGCAGGUCUUGCGGAAGACCCGUCAUGUCAACAUCCUGCUGUUCAUGGGCUACAUGACAAAGCCCAACUUCGCCAUCAUCACACAGUGGUGUGAAGGCAGUAGCCUGUACCGCCAUCUUCACGUCACUGAAACAAAGUUUAACACGAUGCGACGCAUUGACGUGGCCAGACAGACGGCGCAAGGCAUGGAUUACCUUCAUGCGAAAAAUAUAAUCCACAGAGAUAUGAAAUCAAAUAAUAUUUUUCUUCAUGAGGGCUGGACCGUGAAGAUUGGCGACUUUGGCCUGGCCACAGUGAAGUCUCGAUGGAGCGGCUCUCGGCAGGUCGAACAGCCCAGUGGAUCCAUACUCUGGAUGGCACCUGAGGUAAUCCGAAUGCAGGACAGCAACCCCUACACCUUCCAGUCUGAUGUGUACGGAUAUGGAGUUGUUCUGUUUGAGUUGAUGUCAGGCACCCUGCCUUACUCCAACAUCAACAACAGAGACCAGAUAAUCUUUAUGGUUGGGCGCGGUUACUUGUCUCCAGACCUCACUAAGCUGUAUAGUACCUCACCAAAGGCAAUGAAAAGACUUAUCGUUGACUGCCUGAAGUUUAAAUGUGACGAGCGGCCCCUGUUUCCACAGAUCCUGGUAGCCAUCGAGCAGGUCCAAGACCUGCUGCCAAAAAUUGAACGGAGUCGCUCCGAGCCCUCGCUCCAUCGGGCCGUUCAUGCCGAGGACCUGAAUCCGCUGCUGCUCCACACCACCAGGUUUAUGCCGCUCUGAUCCCAGGCCGCCAGUGGACAGUGAGGUCAGACCCUGAUCCAGGUCGCAGCACUCGGAACCCCGGAGCUGCAGCACAAAACUAAAGUUGUCUUUUCAUUUACACAUGUAACAAAGAGCCCGCAGUUCGUGGAAAUGACACUUUUUAAACUGUAAGAGUUUUCUUUAAUCUGAGGAUUAUUAAAAGAAAAAUCUCCAUUCAUUUUAAUUUGUGAAGUUCUAAGAAUUAAAUAUUUUUCACCUUCACUGUAGAAUUGUAAUGGAGCAAAAUCCUGAUCGUUGACCAGCAGCAUGUACGUGGCCCAAAGGUUACUUUGCUUCUGGAGCCACAGGCAAAGUUUGUACAGCACAGGUGCCCAUGUCUCCCACUCAGGCCGACUUCAUGCCACUUAGUAGAGAUAAACUAGACAAUAGCAAAAUGAGCACAGCCCCUCCAUGUAUGUGAGGAAAGUAAUUGUCCAGCUUUGAUAGCAGCGAGUUCAUGAUGUGUAUCAGCCAUAACGGCAAACGCAGAGGACGCUUAAAUAAAAUACAAAGCCAAAAGUUGGGGAUUGUUGUGAAAUGAAAUGGUUCAAACUAAAUGGUUAUCCAAGUUUGAUGGAAACAUUAAAUUAAACACUCGUUUGGCCUUCAAGUCACCAUGUUCUCGUGUCAGAGAUGCACUUGAUAUCAUUUCGACCAACAUGGAGGCUUAAACACGUAUUGAUUGAACAGUGCAAGUGAAGUUAAGUCAUUUUGGUAAUUCUUGUACAUCUGGAGACUAGAGCCUGACCGAUAGGGAUAUUUUUUUUUCUCUGCGGGGGGGGGCGAUAUCAAUAUUAGGGAUUAAAAAUUUUACGAUGGAUAUUUGCUAGUAUAGAAGAGUGUUUAUUUCUCAAUAACUUACACAAAAUGUAAGUGCCAAACAGAUUUUUAUAGAAAUACAGUGGUCUGGAAGUGUAUUUCCCCAUCUUGGAUUAUUUUGUACAUCCAGCCAACCUAAAUCACGGUGUCUUCACUCGGAUUGGCAGUCACCAUAUCGCAUUGCUCAGCGUUUGCGUAAAUUAACUUCUCGGUUGUUGUGGUCCUGCCUAGCUGGUGGCAUAGCGACCACGUGUCUUUUGUCGCUGUAAAACACUGAUUGAAAAUGAGUGGCAGGUGGUUGCUUUGCCAUUAUGCAUAGUUUGCCCAAGGGGUGAUGUGGUCCCAGCCUUGCUUGACAACAUUGUAAACAGUGCCCUCUGCUGGGCAAAAACUGCAGACUCACAAUUUCCAACAGCCAAAUUGUUUCUCUGCAUUGCUUAUUCUGUGAAAUACAUUUUCCUGUUGCCUAAAGAUAACACAGAUACUGAUGUUUGUGAAAGGCUCACAUCAGCCGAUUAUUACUGGCGAACUGAUUUAUCGGUCGGGCUCUUCUGGGGACUUCAGUCUUCUCUUCAAGCCUAAAAUGUCAAUGGAGACCGAGGAAAAUUAUCUCCAGCUUUAUAUAAAACUGAUCAUGAAGACUGGAUGAAACUCUUCAGGCAAAUGUGUCUGAUUGUUGUCAGAUUUUUAGGCCUUAUACAAAAACGUUCCACACGUUUAGAUGUUCACAGGACACAAACAUGCAGUAGACAAUAAAACUAAGAUGCUAAGGUAUAAUUUUGUACAAAACCACCUUUUAUCAGUUUGUACCUUGAACACAGACUUGUUUCUUUUAUAAUUCUGGAAAUUAUUUGACCCAAAAAGAUCAUUUGAGACAUUAGCAAGAUGUAGACUUAACAGAAACUGUUGUACUGCUGCUAUAAAAGAUGUGGUUUUUUUUUUUUUUUUUAAUACUAGUAUACUGGCACUUUUGUGCACCACUGUGUCAGGUUCUGCUCUCUAAUAUUCUCACUGCCCCUGAAUUUUUCUCCUCAGGGAAUCCAGCAGUCUGUGUUCCACACAAACAGUUUAACUCUGCCAGUGUGGAACCAUUAACACUGUCAGCAUCAGGUCCCAUUGCGAUUCGUGUCCUGUAGUUGUCUUUGCAGGCUGUAGGCUGCCGCCGUCAUUUAAGUGAGUUUGUCUGGCGCACCACUUGCAGAUCCGUUGUGUGGUGACUUUGCCUGGGCUAACGGACAGCAGGUCUGUCCACUGUACUUGUGCCUCAUCUCUGAGCUGUGCGUCUCUCUGCUCUGCUACUUUUACACAAGAACCAAGAACAGCGCUCUCCUUCAAAGGCAGACAAAACUGACCAAAAACUAGUCUUAAAUUUUGCAUCUGUAGCUUCUGACUUCUUCCACAUUCAGUAAAUAUCAGUUUCUUUCUGAACUGUGACAUGACUGUCUAUGCAGAAAAAACAGAAGUGUCCCUAAAGUUUCGGAUUUUUUUUUUCUCUCUGCCCACCAGCACAGUGUCAUCCCCUCACCCCCCUUCAGCUUUAAUUCAAGGAUUUUAACAAAAAUAUCACGUUAACCAUUUAGGAAUUAGUCGUUCUUAUACAGUCCUGUUUUCAGAGGCCAUAAGUAAUUGGACAAAGUAAAUGUUAAGGGUUAAUGCUGAUUUUUAAAAUGCCACUUUUACAGCCGGCAUUCUUUUAAGUCAGGAUGGACACAUGAACAUUUACACCUCAGUGAAUGUAUUUUGGACUU